GUGGCCCUAAUACUCCGUCGUACAACCCAGGAGUCUGAUGUAACGUGCAAUCUUUCCAUCACCUAUAUAGAGCCGUGAGCCGGCGCUUCAAUGGCGAAAACGAGAACCAAUUUGGGAGGCUGAUUGGAAAGAGUCACGGUUCAUCAAAAAUGUACUCCUCCACACGUCAGGCACAGUCAUCAAAUAUUGGUGAAGAACAUGUGGAAGACGGCACAGGCCCAUUGACCUCUGAGUUACAAGAGACCCACAACAUGAUUGACCUUCAUAUACAGGAGCUGCAGCAAAUGCUCGAUGCAGUUGGGGAGGAUGUUGCCGGAGGCUCCACAGAAGCCUCAUCCUCUUCAUCUCAAACAUGGAGCAUACGUCAGGCAUUAUCGGGAGAAAGAUGGCGAAAUGCUAGACCUCAGCUUCUUGAAGCCAUGCUGGAAGCAGGAAGGGUCCCGAAGGGCUUUUGCCAACUGUGCAAUGUUAAAGAGGCAGUCAUUAGCUGCACUGACUGCCUGCCGAAACACAUGUUGUGCUCUCAGUGCGACAUCACUGUACAUCGGCAAUACAGUUUGCAUAACCGAUCUUCGGUUGUCGGGAGCAGUCACAGAGCCCUUCCUCCAACGGAUAUCUUUGUCCAUGAUGCGAGUGGUGAGCCAACACUGGGCGAAGAAGUACGUCUCCUUCCAUUUGCGUUGCCCAAAAGCAUUUGCAGCUGUAAGGCUGAAAAUGUGUCAGUCAGUGGUGGGCAAAAAAUUAUCUUGGUCAACAUGAAUGGUCGCUAUGAUCUCUCUGUUCCACUGCUGACAUGUGAAAGUUGCAAAUGCAAAUGGACACCACAGAUUAAGGACCUUAUAUUAAAUGGUUACUGGCCUGGGACAAUUGAUUUCCAGACAGUGUUUGCUAUUGAGGUUUUCUCUUCAUUUGAAGACCUUAAAAUCUGUGCUCCUGGUCUGAGUAGACAUGCAUUUGUCCGACUGUUGGAAAGUCGCUCAGUUCGUGCUGGCAGGGUUGGCACAGUCUCGUCCGAAAAUCUCCAGAAGAGUUUUUUGGAGUGGACAUAUUGCCGGCACGAGAUUGAGUUACUUCUAGGCGAUGACCAUUUCUCCUGUCCUGCUUGUGGAGAUGAUAUGGUGGCAGUGUCUUUGGAUGGCAACAGGAAAAUGUACCGCUUCAAUCGCAAGGGGGCAGAUGAAUCCCCCUACUUUGAAGGGACUUUUGUCGCCAAAGACACUGAAGUGGAGGCAUUUGUGUCAAGGAUUCGCCAUCAAGUCAAAACUGCACCUGGACGCCCAUCCUGUGGUAAAUCCACGUUUAAAGCAGGCAGGGAGGCUACCAGAAAGUCUGAGCCCAGACUGGACGAAGAGGGCAUGAUGACAUCCGUCUGCAGGCACUGCAUUCUCUUCAGUGGCCUCAACAUGUUUCGAGGAGAAAUAUUUGCCUACCCUCUGUACCUACAGCAAGAUCUUGGUGAAAAACACAAGAUAGAGUUUGUUUGCACAGACGUUAUGUGUAAAUACUACCCAUAUGUGCAGAGGGUAGUUGAGAAAUUUCCAGAGCUGCAGUAUGUCCUGCAAAUGCGACCAUUUCUAUCCGUGAUGCAUGCGAAAGGUCACUCAACAAGAUGUGAGGUUGAGUGGAGUGGUCGCAACCAGAAGGGGGCAGGUCUGACAGUUGGUGAGGAAGUGGAAAUGGUAAAUUCUUACCUCUCACGUGUAGCGACUACCACCAAAUACAUGAAAAAAGCAAGACGCACCGACAUGAUAACUCUUCAUGCUCGUGGUUGGAACAUGGGAAAGGUGAAAGUCUUGCACAGAUACCUCGCCAAAAGAUAUGUCAAGUCUAAGCAGAGGGCAGUUGCUGUGGGCGAGGAACUCCAAAACCUUUUGACGACAAUGCAGACAACUCAAGUGGAGAUGAAGCAGUGGGUGAAGGAGGUUGAGGAGUGGGCUGCAUCCAGUCCAAAGUCCACCAAUUGCCAGGACCAACAGGGGCUGCAGCGGGUCAUGGAGGGCCUUGUCCUAAAGAUCAAGCAGCGUAAAGCUGAGCUGUACAGAGACAUAGACAAUAAUAAAGAUCGCAGGCCAAAACGGGACCUUAUUGCGAAGGAGAAACACAAACUGGAGGAGUCAAUUGCUUCGUACAACAGUCUUGUACCUGACACGGCGGCUGUUGAUACAGCAGAUGCCAUUCUGAGUCAGGAAUUCCCCAUUUGGCCUUGGGAUUCUGCAUCCACAAUCCCCCUCGAGACCAAGAAGGUGGUUUUUGACAAAACCAUGCUGCUGUCUCGACUCCAGGAAGAGGAUGGGAUUCUCAUUAAGGAGAUGAGGAACCACUGCCGCUACCUGACUGGAUCCUCAAAAGCGGUCAAAAGAGAGAUCCAUCAGAUUGAGGAGGACCUGUCUAAACACAGCUCUCCUCCUCCUAACAUGUCCUUGCAGGCCUAUGAGGGGCUGAAGUGCUUGUUGCAACAAAAACUCCAGGGGUUGACCAAACGGAUGGAUGAGGCCUUCACUACAUACAGGAAUGUAUUGACAGACCCCACUGCGCUUCAGGAAGAGAUUGAAGGCAUAGAGGAGAUGGAGGAGGAGGAGGAGGGGGAGAUUCCAUUGUCCCUUGACGAGACUGACUCUGACGAUGCUGAAUAACGCGUCUCUGCAGGAGCAGAUUGAGCGGAAGGAGGGAUAAUUUGAAAAGAUAUGUUGUAAAAAUGUUUAACUGGCCUCAUCGCAUAAUAUAAUCUAUAAAAACAAACUGUUCAAAAUGUUGUGUUGAGCUUGUGAUCUUGUUGCAAUCUGUAAUGUCUCAGCAAAAGUGUGGUGAUAGUUUUACAUAGCCUAUUUAAUGUUUGAGAGUACACAGGUGUGCUGUAUUGAGUGGCUUAUGUGUUCUAUAUAUAUCUAUGGGGCUAACAACAACCUUAGCGAACGUAAGAGUCACGUGACGCGUUUUUUGUCACGUGGCAAAAAAACGUAGGCAUGUCGCAUGUUUAAAGCCUUUAUUUUAUUAAUUAAAAAUUAAAAUAUACAUUAUCUAUAUCGAUAAUUAUUGUAGUUAUAAUAUAAUAAGUUGACCAUAGCUUUUAUUCUAUUAUCGUUAUAACAAGAUCUGUAUCUGACCAUUGACCAUCAACUCGGUAAUUCUAUGAAUGAAAUUCAUAGACGCAAGGCCAUGGACCGUACGCCACCCUAUCGCCAUUCUCCCAUCUUGAAUUUAAUCGACCAUUCUUGUUACCUCGAGGAAGUCUGGUGGUCUCCGUAUAAUAAAUAAAUGUAUUUAUUCAUUUACUAAACGGCUCUUCUCAAUGCCGUGGAACGCUCCGUGCACUUGCAUGGGCCUUCCCGACUUCCGGCGGUGAAUUAUCUUUUCCUUCCGGGCUUAAAGUUGUUUUAAAGUUGUUAAAUUAAAUAUCGUUACACGGUUACGUAAUAUAGCAUAAUCAGCUAAGA